CGGUUGUCAUUCUUUUCUUCGCGAUUGUCCACUGUGUGUUGCUGAUUUAUUUUGUGGUAGCCAUUGCAAAGUGAUUCCGGUAAAAAAUCAUUAUUCCCAAUGAUUUCGCUGUAUUCUAUGCGAUUAUAAGUGCAAAAGAUUCCUCUUUUCGGUGUUGUGUACGGCUUAUGUGUCAAUUCGUAGAAAACAAACAUCUGCAAGCCAAAAUUCUGUGUUGAAACUUUUCGAAAAAGAAAGCUUCCCAAUAAUUUCAAGCUACAAAGUUUGUGCAACCCGUUUCUUCGCCUGGGCCAAGUUUGCAUCCGUAAUGAAUAACAACGGGUUCAGUACGGGCGAGGAAGACUCCCGUGGUCCGGCGGAUCAAGUGUGCUGCCUGUUGGAUGACGGUGACCGCUGUCGGAACCAGGCCGGGAAUGCAUCCUACAGUAAACGUAUCCAGAAGACGGUCACUCAGAGGAGACUCAAGCUCAGCAUCGACACAGCCGCGAGGCAUAUCUACAUCUGCGACUUCCACAAGGGCCGCAUCCAGUGUGCCCGCACCAAGCGGCGCCGUCGCGACUCCGAAGAUGAUAGCAACGAGACGGAUACGGAUCUACCGGAAGUAGAUCUAUACCAACUGCAAGUAAACACUCUACGAAGGUACAAACGGUUCUACAAGGUAUCUACUCGACCCGGCAUCAACAAAGCUCAGCUAUCAGAGACCAUCAUGAAACACUUCAAAACCAUUCCGAUAAAGGAAAAAGAGAUUCUCACGUAUUUCAUCUACAUGGUCAAGUCCAACUCGAACAAGCUAGAUCAGAAAAAUAAUACUAGUAAUGAAGCCACCUGAAGGUAAAUGCAUUUCCUUCCUUUGCAGUAAAAUUAAAUGUACUUUACAUUAAUGACAAAUAUGAAAUAGCCUCGUGCAUAAUAUUUUAAGUUAGCUGAUUAAAAAAUCAUUUUUAACUGUACAAAUCGUACGUUAUUAUGCAAUGUAGUUUUGUUUUAGUAAGGAACAGUAAGUACCAUCAGAGAUGGCAAGCCAUUCACUCAGCGCAAAAACAAAAAUGAUCUGUUUUAUUAAACGAUUGCAUUCGCAAAUGUGAGCAAAAAUGGCUGACUGAUGAA